AUGCGACCGUCCAUCUCCGCGAGUCUCGAGCCUGGGUUGGAGCGAGGGGUCCCCUGGGGUCGCGACCUUUACACCUUUGUAACUUCAGCAGCAGGUCACAUGAUGAGGACCCUGCAGAAACCCAAGAAGAACCGACCAUCCAAGCGGCAGGUCAACCACCGUCGCUUCCUGCACAACAUGAUUCAGAGUCAGUCGAAGCCAGCCAACAACCACCAAGAAGACACAGAGUCGACUACAAAUGACUUCAUUCAGCUUGGCCAAAAUGUGGACAUCUCCCCCUCCUUCUCCCCAGAAUUAUCUCCAUUGUCUCUUGACUCUUGUGAUUUCUCCGUUCAAGUGUUCACAGACCUCGCGGGCUGCGCGCAGGCUCAGAAGAGCUACUUCGACUUCUCUGAGGGUCAGCUGACUGACAUAAUGGAGCCAUUUUCCAUUGACAAUAAGGACUUAGGGGACUGCACUGACAUAGAGGCAUAUUUUGAAAGCAUUUGUGCAUGCCAUGGUGAUGAUGAUGAUGAUAUAUUUGGAGACCAGUCACAUAACUUUACCGAAGUGGAUGAUCUCCACUGUGAAGACAUCAACCAGAAGCAGAUCCCCUCCUCAGUCAGCUACCACCACUACAACAUCGCACAGCUUCAGGCGUACCAGUGUUCUCAGGAGGAGAGCACCUGUAUGCAAGUUAACUGUGAAAAUAACCUACAGUUUACACCAUUUGAAGGAGUUGCUCAGUCCUUCACUGUCCCACUUAACAACGCUGAGCUCCGCCCCAUACCAACACCGCCUCAGGAAGACAACUGGCUGUUUACUGAUAUCCUGAAGGACAGAAAGUCACUUAGUUACUAG